CUUCUCUUCUCUUUCUCACUCAUUUCAUAAUUCAUUCAUAUGAAUCCCAUUCUCUCUCUCUCUCUCUCUCUCUGCACACACAUCACACCAUCCUCUUCAAUUCUUCUUCUUCUUCUUCUUCUUCUUCCAUCUCUCUUUUCUUAGGGUUCCAUUUCCACAAACACCAGACCCAUGACGACCACCGAGCUUCUUCAAAUCCAACCACCCGAACUCAGAUUUCUCUUUGAAUUGAAGAAACAAAGCUCGUGCCAGGUUCAAACUGUAAACAAGUCCGAUCAGUAUGUUGCUUUUAAGGUGAAAACAACGUCUCCAAAGAAAUAUUGUGUUAGACCUAACUUAGGCAUCAUCAAGCCAAAGGAAACAUGUGAUUUUACUGUUACUAUGCAAGCUCAGCGAACAGAACCACUUGAUAUGCAAUGCAAAGACAAAUUUCUCAUUCAGAGCACAAUUGUCCCCUUCGGAACUACUGAAGAUGACAUCACCUCUGAUAUGUUUGCAAAAGAUAGUGGGAAGUAUAUUGAGGAGAAGAAACUGAGGGUGGUCCUCAUCAGCCCAUCUUCUUCCCCGGUUUUGCUUCCAGUAAAUGGCGAUGCGAAGCAGGAAUCAAACAAAGUUCCUAUGGAAAAAGAUAGGGUGCCUAGUGGAGUUGAGAACAUACCUCCUCCUCUGAAGGUUUGUGAGGAAUUCAAAGGAUUGGAAACAGCCAAGAAUAUGGAAGAAGACAGAAGGGAUGAGGAUGUUGUUGCAAGACAUUCUGAGAAUGAGAAUGUGCCUGAUAUAAAGCCCGAAAAUGAUGCUGCACAGUUGAAUUCAGCUGAGGAAUAUGAGCAAUUGAAGUCAAGGCUAAGUAUAAUGGAUACAAAGCUAAGAGCGGCUGAUGUAACCAUCUUGAAGCUGGAUGAGGAGAUGCGAAUGAACACUCAAGAAAAAGAUUUGCUUAGAAAAGAGUUGGAGGAUAUGAGGAGGAAAGUAGAUAUGAGAAGAGUUCAGGCUGGUGGGUUUCCAUUACUGUUUGUUUGCAUGGUUGCUCUUGUCAGUGUGGUACUUGGUUACUAUAUUCAUCCAUAAGGUAUAGAAAACUCUGCCACUUGUUUGUAGAGAAUAGCCCACAUUCUGAAAUCAUGGAUUUCUCUGUAAUGAUUAUACACAGGAUUAUUCAUUUGUUUAUUGUGAUGGUUUUACUCGAGAUGUUGAUAAUGUGAUACGGGAUGCUGUGUGAAAUGAAUGUACAGUGAACUAUUCCUUCCUUUUCAAUAAUAGCUAGCCUUUUGAUGUUUUUA